UCUCACAGAAGUGGAAAAAGAAAUAACAAAACAAAUUCAUAAAUCUCUUGUAGAGUUAUUUGCGUCAAGACAACUUUUCAAGAUGAUGGCUGGGAGUUCCAGAUUUGACGCCAACACUGUGUGCUGCCCCUCUCAUCCAGACGCUAACCUGAUAGAAGACUACAGAGCUGGAGACCAAAUUUGUGAGGAAUGUGGAUUGGUUGUUGGUGACAGAGUAAUCGAUGUUGGUUCUGAGUGGAGAACCUUCAGUAAUGAAAAGAGUGGAGUCGAUCCCUCUCGUGUUGGUGGACCAGAAAAUCCUCUAUUAGGUGGUGGAGAUUUAUCAACAAUCAUUGGCCCUGGUCGAGGAAGUGCAUCAUAUGACGAGAUGGGCGUUUCUAUCUAUCACAACAGACGUUCAAUGAGCACAUCAGAUAGAGCAUUGAUCGGUGCUUUCAAAGAAAUUAAUGCAAUGGCUGAUCGCAUCAAUCUUCCAAAGACAAUUGUGGACCGUGCUAAUAACCUGUUUAAACAGGUUCAUGAAGGCAAGAAUCUGAAAGGUCGUGCAAAUGAUGCUAUUGCAUCUGCUUGCUUGUACAUUGCUUGCAGACAGGAAGGUGUUCCUCGUACAUUUAAAGAAAUUUGUGCUGUUAGUAAAAUUAGUAAGAAAGAGAUAGGCAGAUGCUUCAAGUCAAUUCUGAAAGCUUUGGAAACUAGCGUGGAUCUUAUUACAACUGGUGACUUCAUGUCAAGAUUUUGCAGUAACCUUGCCCUACCAAACAUGGUACAGAAGGCUGCCACGCAUAUUGCACGCAAAGCUGUUGAAUUAGACGUUGUGUCUGGUAGAUCUCCGAUAUCAGUGGCCGCUGCAGCUAUUUAUAUGGCAUCGCAAGCCUCUGAAGACAAGAGGACGCAAAAAGAAAUUGGUGAUAUUGCUGGAGUUGCUGAUGUGACUAUCAGACAAUCGUAUAAACUUAUGUAUCCGCAUGCAGCAAAAUUGUUUCCUGAUGACUUCAAAUUUGCCACUCCAAUUGAACAGUUGCCCCAGAUGUAAUUUUUGGUUAUUUUCUGUGAUUGUUCAGCCUUUAUAUUUCAAAUUUCUCAAGAGUUUAGGUUUUUGGUUCCGUUUAUUUUUUCAAAUGUGUGUUCAGGUUUCUUCCAAUAUCCUGAUGUUUUCAUUACGUUAAUGCUAUAAAUAAUUAUUAAGAGUCACAAUUCACAAUGAAUGUCAUUUUAACUUUCCUGAAAAAAAAAAAAAAAAAAAAAAAA